AUGGACGGUGGACCAUUAUCCCAGAUUGAUCUCAACCAAGUUCAAAACGUCUCUCAUAUUCCACAGCUGUCGUCCAGUAUCAAGAGAAACUCAAAUCGUCUAUCUGCAAGACAAUCUAUGAUUGGGGCUCCAAGAACCAAUAAUUCAAGUGCCAUCCAGAAGAGAACGUCGGGUCCUGGAUUGACAGAGAUGAUGCAACAGAGCGUGUUGAGGUCUGGGAAGAGAAAGAGCUUGGCUGGUGUCACAUCAGUCUCACGUCCAACAAAUAGACAAUCGUCGUUUGGAUUGGGUACCUUGAGUCUCUCCCAGUCCAAAGAUCCAAGGCCCUUACGUGAUCGGAACUAUCAACAAUCUAUUCAACAAAACGUCUUUGACUUCUUGUUGAACAACAACUUUGAAACUGAGAUGAAGCACUCCUUAACUACAAAAACCCUUAGAAACCCCACACAGAAAGAUUUUGUACUAAUUUUCCAGUUUCUGUACAAGAAAGUUGAUCCUGGUUACAGAUUUACAAAGAGUAUUGAACAUGAAGUUUACUACGUUUUGAAAAAUAUCAAGUAUCCAUACUUGGAAUCGAUCAACAAGUCACAGAUCUCUGCUGUUGGUGGUCAGAACUGGCCUGUGUUCUUGGGUAUACUUCAUUGGUUAACUGGUUUAAUCUCUAAGGCCAGCAAAAUCACCUCUCUUUUCGAGUCUACCGAUGACUAUGAAGGCGUUGAUCGUAAUGAAAUCGAGUUGGAACGAAUCUUUGUGAAUUAUAUCAUCAAGUCCUACAACGCAUUUUUGAACAAUAUAGACGAAUAUUCCGUAUUUUAUGAUGAAAUGAAAGCUCAAUACGAGUCAUAUACCAAGGAUAUGGUUUCCAAAACAGAAGAACUUCAGGGGGACAACGAUCGAUUGAAAAAGACUUACCAAAAUCUCAUUGUUGAAUCAGAAUCCCUGAAUGCUGUUGAGAAAAAAUUCGAGGCUCUAGAGAGUGAUUUGUUCAAGUUUAAGGCUUAUAUUAACUCUAUGGAGACGAGAAAGCUGAGAUGGGGUUCUGUUCUUGAACAGAUAAAGAAAGAAAUGGAUAACUCGGAAACUGAACUUGCUCGUACAGAAGAGGAGAAGAAACAGAUUCAGAAGCAAAUCUCAGACCAAGGUCUGACUCCAAAGGAUAUUGAUAGAAUGAACAACGAAAGAGAUCGGAUAUCUAAGGCCAUCGACUCUGUAAACCUUAGAUUGAAUGACAUAUCAAAGAUUGUGCACACAAAGGAAAUGGAGUCACAACAUGUCUAUGAACAGUUGUCAAAUACUUUGAAACAGUACAAUUUUAGUAUUUAUACAAUUGCAUCCACUUCGCCAGAAAUUGAUGCAUCGAAGUAUAUUGUCAAGCUGGACAACCUUCUGAGUGAGGAGCGUCUAGGACUUCGUCCAGAGGCUCUCUUAGAUGGUCAAGAUCUCAAAACAAGCAUUCGCCUCAAUCUUCAAAAGCUCAAGAAUGACAUCAGUGCUCGUAUUCAUGAGUCACAGGAUGAAGCUAUCAGUCUUCAGGAAAAGAUUGACUCCUUGAAUGAAACAACUGCUGAAAAAUCUGAGAAUGUUGAAUCCUUGAAUGCAAAACUAUCUACCCUUAAGUUGGAUUAUGAAGAACUCUACGAAAACAUGACUAAAGAGGCAACAUCUUAUCAUGCAGAAGUUGAAAGACUCGAGAGCGAUCUAAAGCAAAUGCAUUCCAACUCUAAACAAAACAAACUCCUCUUGGACCAACAUACAAAGACAGUGGACAUGCAGUACAAGAAACUGAUGAGCGAUGUUCAACAAGAAAGAGAACUACUACAUUCAAAGGUUCAGAACUUGAUUGAUGCGGUCAUUACUUUGAAGGUUAACAUCCAAGGUUCCUUGGGUGAUUUGGAGAAUCUAGUUGUAGAUGAGUUGGAAAAGCAAAGAGCUGAACAGGUAGUUUGA